CCAGCCAGUCCCGGACGCAACGCUGCACGGUACGGUUGAGAUAUUUCUGUUUUAUGCUUUCCCAGUCUGCGGGUGUCUAGUUUUCUUCAGCAUAGAAAAAGUGAAUUUUCUCAAGUUUUUCUUAGUGCAAAUUAAAGUGGCCGGUGGUCCUGGAGCGGUGGUCUGCUGUUUCUGCGGUUUGUUUGCACAAGCUGGGGGGGGCAAGCCGAAGCUGGAAGGAGUAAAUUCGUUCGAAAAAGCAAUUUAUCGUGUGCGGUGGAGAUCGGUGCAGCAAUAUUGAAUCGCACGAGACGAAAAACAACAAAAAAGCAGAUUUUCUCGUCUGUGUUGUCUACUUUCAUCGGCUGGCGGUGAUUCUGAUUAGUCGCAUCGCGGUGGUGAUAGACUUACUCAUCAAUGAGUGUGUUGUGAAGUGGAGGAAAUUGUGUUUAAUAAAUCAUAAAUUACCAUUUACUUAAAACCAACAUCAUCCAUUGCAUCCAGCUUGGUUAUAUGUGUGAAGAAAUCGCGCUGGAAAAUCGUACACCAAGGGAACAAGCCUGGACCAACAUCCUCGCAGUAGGGAUUCGAAAGAGAAAUUAGCUAGAAUAUGUAUUUCUCAUGUUGCAGACACAGUUAAGCACGUGUACUCCCCAACCCAUCAUCCAGCAGAAUACGUCGUGUGCUCGAAACCGGUUCCGACUGCGCUAGUACGCUCUUUGUGUAUGCGUUUGGAGUUGUUGCUACCGCUGUUGUUGCUGCUACUUUGGCCGCUACCGCCCAACUUGAUACUACUAGCGCUGCUCGCUGCGCUGGUAUUUGGUAGUAGUGACUAGACUGUGUAUUACCUUGUGCCCUGGACGAGUGCGGAGUGAGAGAGAGCCAGCCAAGAAUUCAACUCAACACGCGUCGCGACGCUACUGCACAGCGACUCUCGGCUAAUCGAGUCACAGUCAUCGCCGAUGACGACGACGACGACGACGGCGACUAAUGUGUACAGUAGACGGUUUUCCCUCGAACAGUCAGCUCCCAAACGUCGGUCGGAGUUGUUGCAUGGCUGAGUAGUUCCGAAACGCGUGUGAGCUUGUUAUCAAACUGGUGGCACCCCUAAGCGGUUUGUGGUGAACGGAAUCAAAUGUUUUGAACAAACUGCGCGCGUGGAAAAGUGACGGCCUGCAGUUUCCUGUUUUCUGAGCUACUGCUCUUCGUCGUAUCACGGUUAGUGCUUUCGUGCGUUUUAGUCUUUCUGAAGGAAGAAAUACCGAAAAAAGUAUAAUUAUAUGAGCGCUGAUCAAUGCGAAGGGAAAGGCAGAACGAAACGGGAAAAAUCUCCAGAGUAAUCAAUUGAUCCAGAUAGAAGUCUGGGAGUACAGCGUAGGGCGAAACAAAGGUGAAGAAUACAGAUGAAGCACAGAGCAGCAAAGCCCCGUUGCUGAUGCUAAUGUGAAAAAAAUUAGACUGAAAGAGCGAGCCAUAAUUGCACCGAAAAUAAUUCAUUUCCACACUGCUUUAUCAGUCUAUGUUUAUGGUGUGUAUGUGCAAUUGAUGUGUUUGAUAAGUUGCAAUUGUUGUGAAGUUUAUUGCUAGUGUACUGCAGCUUGAAGGUAAUUUUUUUGUUAGCUGCAACUACGGUGUGAAAGAAGUGCACAACCGUUGCUAGUGGGUGGAACAACUGCAGCAGUGGGUUUCACUAGAAGGUUUUCCUCCUCAAAAGCGGUGGCGUGUCGCUGUUCAGAAGAAUAAGAGUGGAAACGGUUGCCGAAGAAGAAGAAGAAAUUAAAUGUGUUAAUUUUUUGCAUAACUACGCGGCAUCGCAACUUCAAUCAGGUGGUUUGUUCCCCUCAGACUGACUUAAAGUUCUUAACACACCACUGUUGGUAACAGUGGGUUGCAGCAGCAUCGACCCACACAGAGGAAGAGAAGAGAUUCUUGCGUUAAAGCGCUGUUCACGUUGAAAUAAACCCGCACGCCAUCGCUGCAAAACUGCAAUCAUGUUGGAUCGCGGACCAGUACAGCUAGACAACGACAAGUGUCGUCGUGAGCGGGAACCACACCUAUCCGGAUCGCGUAUCGAUCUCGCCAGCCUAUGUGGGCCCCGGAACGCUUCCAGAUCCGGCAGAAACAACAUGGUGGAUUCACACGGCAACGCACUGCCUCCGCUCAGCCCGUCCAGCAAUAACAAUUCGUCCUCGUCGACGGCGGCCAGCAGUGACAUCGACCAGAAGCCGGUCCCGUUGACGCCGAGUGAGGCACUCAAAUACCACGGCACUGGAUUGACAGACUACGAAAAGCAGGAAAUCGAGAAGUACCCGGAAAUUUACUACCUAGGACUUGAUGCCUGCAAAGUUAAUGCCAAACCGGGCAGUGCAAUCAACUCGGGUUACGAUGAUGACAAUGGCAGCUACAAUAAGGUUAUCCACGAUCACAUCUGCUACCGGUAUGAAAUCCUCGAAGUCAUCGGCAAGGGAAGCUUCGGGCAGGUGAUUCGAGCCCUGGACCACAAAACCAAUCAACACGUCGCAAUCAAAAUCAUCCGCAACAAGAAACGCUUCCACCAUCAGGCGCUGGUCGAGGUGAGGAUACUAGACGAGCUGCGAAAGAAGGAUGCGGAUGGGUCGUACAAUGUGAUACACAUGCUGGACUAUUUCUACUUUCGGAAUCAUCUCUGUAUCAGCUUUGAGCUGAUGAGCCUGAACCUAUACGAACUCAUCAAAAAGAACAACUACCAAGGAUUCAGUCUGAGCCUUAUUCGAAGGUUCUGCAACUCGAUAGUCAAAUGUCUCCGGUUGUUGUACCAGGAGAACAUCAUUCACUGUGAUCUAAAGCCCGAGAACGUUCUGCUAAAGCAGCGAGGCAGCAGCUUGAUAAAAGUCAUCGAUUUCGGCAGCUCAUGCUACUCGCACCGAAAAGUGUACACCUACAUCCAGUCCCGCUUCUAUCGGUCACCGGAAGUCAUACUGGGACUAUCGUAUGGAACACCCAUCGAUAUGUGGAGCUUAGGUUGUAUACUGGCAGAACUGUACACCGGAUAUCCGCUGUUCCCCGGGGAGAACGAAGUGGAACAAUUGGCGUGUAUUAUGGAAGUUCUCGGCAUUCCUCCGGAUGAUCUCAUUAAUACUGCCACCAGGAGGAGAUUGUUUUUCGAUUCCAGAGGCAUUCCACGGUGUAUUACGAAUUCCAAGGGACGCAAGCGAAAGCCGGCCUCGAAAACCAUUUCGCAGGCCCUCCGCUGCCACGAUACCGUGUUCAUUGAUUUCGUCAGCAAAUGCCUAGAAUGGGAUCCGAAGAAGCGCAUGACCCCGGAGGAGGCGGCCCGCCACGACUGGCUGCAACCGAGUGCCUCCUCCACGUACGUCUCGUCCAAGUCGAAAGAAAACAGUGAUAAUCAGCUCAGCUUUAUGCAAAAACUGCAACGAUCUCAGCCAAUGACACCAAAUACAAUCCUUCCGGAGAUUAAAACUCCCUCCAAUCGGCAGCGCUACGUCAAAGAACGGGUUAAAGCUCUAGAUAUCGAAUCAGCACAACAGCAAUACUCAUUACAUCGACUGUACCACGCCAGAAAGACAACGCUGACUUCCUCUAACAAUAAUAAUAAUAACAACAACAACAAUAAUAUCCACAACAGUAAUACCAAUCUCAGCAACCACAACAACAAUAACCACAACAACAACAACAGUAACAAUGGCAGCAGCAUCCACGGUAGCAACAGCAGCUACAACAUCAGCCAGCACAGCAACAGUCAGACAAUAAACAACAAUGGCAGCAGCAAAUACUCCUCAAGCCAUCAUGUCGCGGGAGGAACGGGCGCUGGAGGCAGUAGUGGUCACCACUACCACCAUCACGGUGGCAUGCCGCACUCGCAGAGCACCGGCGAUGUGUCAGCCAUCUUUGGCCGCGCAUGACAUGACACACUGAGCAAGGCCAGAGACUCCGGCAAAAUGAUUGGCCUGAUUUAGAAGCUGGCCGCUGUGGUGUCUCGGGCACGGUCGCUCCGGUCGAACUGUGAAUAGUGUGUUGUAGCCGUGGAUGUCCGUAUGUGUUUAAUGCUAUAGAUUGUAUGAUAUAGGAAGUAGGCGUGCUCCCGCUCAGGCGAGAUAGAGACAGAUCUAGUAGGAAUAUGUUAAUGCUAAUCAGUAUCCGUAAUCCUCAGAGAGUAAUUAUCCUCCCACUGCCUUCCUCCCAAAAAAAAAAACAAAUGUAGAGUUAGCUGGGGACCCCUCGUAGCCAUUCGUAGCCGAUGGUGAAUCUUUCGAAAUACAUAGACUUGUUAGGUUAGGUGAGUUUCGUGGACUAGGACCGAUGAUUGCGCGUUGGGAAUCUCGUUUCAUUCCGGGUUGAGUUUCAUGGACUGGCUGCUCGAAAUUUAUCUGUUGCAACACUCCCUUCUUUUCUAUAAAUAUAAAAUAGAACAUGGAAAAGGAAUUUCCGAUUCCGUCAGUAUUAUUGUUCUGAAGUUAAGUUCAUUAAAUUAUUUGAUUCAUUCGAGCAACCAGUGUCGCUAAUUCCAUUGCACUUUGAUACAUUAGAAGGCAUGCUACAAUGAAAGUUUCAAUUCCAUGCGUACAAACAAUCACAGGAAAACUUAGUAUGCAUUCUGUAUCCUGAUUUAUGUUAAAAUUGCUAUUGUUAGCUCAAGGGAAAUGACAGAUAACUUUCAGUACCCUGAAAUAAAGUUCGAAAAAUUUUAAAAUUAAUGUUCAAGCUUAAGCCAAAAAACUAAUUAUAAGUGCGGUAGGAUUAGCUCACAAGCCCAACCUAGGAGAUUAAGUUUCCAGAAAUGAAGAGAGAACAGUUAGUAACUCCUGAUUCCCGAUUUAACCAAACGAACGCAUGGAAACCAUUUGUAGUGACGCCAAAGGUUCUUCCAUGUCUAGACAUAGGCUACCAAAACGCUCGAAUCCUUCUUUCAGAAGUGAGUUUCGGGUGCAAUGACAAAAAAGUAUAAAAACACUGAUUAGGGCAGACAUUUUAGUGGAAAGAAAAACUAGCAAACAAACCUUCGAACAGUGUCAGCCAGGGAUUUACGUUAAACCAAAUGGAUGCGCGUGACGAAGAGUGCUGCAAAUUUUGCGUCGUUCGACUGACUUUCAACAAUAUAGAUUAAACUGUAUAGAAGCUACCUGUAAUUUAUUGUUUAGAGACGGCCAGGCAAACAAGAUGGCAGCAUAUAGAAAUCAAAUAAUAACUAUUGGAUGAGAAUUGACCGACCAAAAAUGUAUGAAUCAAUUAUAAUCAGUCAGUCGUCAGAACAAAGUGAUCUAUUAUUAGUGUGUAGUGAAAGAAGAACUAAUGAGUUUUCUUUUUGCAAAGUUAUGACAAAUCAUCUUCAAAAUAAUGCGUUAAAGUUUUUCUCGCAAGAGUAACAAAGAAAAAAAAAAACAAAACAAAAUUAUAUAAACACCUAUAUUAAAGUUGCUGACCCCAAUCGGGGACAAUUUCGAACGUUGAGUAAAUUAUAAUCACCGCUAAAUUUCUCAAACAUGCAAGACAAAAAGGAAAAAACUCUUUUCUCAGACACCACUAUGAUUGACGCUAAAUUACACUCUUAAGCAAAGCAAAUUACAUAUAUGGGUAUAUGCUUAUAUAUAUGGGAAUACAUUAUUUUAUGUACAUUCUUGUCAAACCGCAAAAAAAACGCAAAUAAAAAGAUUUAAUUCAUUA